AUCUCCUAUACAUGUCAAAAAGGCCAUACGCCUUUAUUCACCCGCACCACUUGGAUGAUCCAGUCUCUCUAAUGAUAGCUCAGUCAUGUCGGCACCUGCUAUGGGGACCAGCAAAACAGCGCACGAUUCGAGCAACAAGAAGAAAAGGGGACCCGGAACGCUGGCCACCGCUUAUUUGGUCAUUUACAACGUGGUUAUGACAGCAGGAUGGUUGGUCAUUGCUGUUGGACUUGUUCGAGCGUACCUUGCCAGAGGCAGCUAUCAUGGGCUUUAUUAUUCCAUAGAGAAGCCCCUAAAAUUCUUUCAGACUGGUGCACUUCUUGAGAUAUUGCAUUGUGCAGUGGGAAUCGUACCCUCUUCUGUGGUCCUUACUGGGUUCCAGGUGAUGUCACGGGUGUUCCUUACCUGGGCAGUCACACACAGUGUUAGAGAGGUCCAAAGUGAAGACAGUGUUCUUCUGUUCGUGGCGGCCUGGACCAUCACAGAAAUCAUCCGUUACUCCUUUUACACCUUCAGCCUGCUCAACCAUCUGCCUUACCUCAUCAAAUGGGCAAGGUACACAUUUUUUUUUGUGCUGUAUCCAAUGGGUGUGGCGGGUGAACUUCUGACCAUCUACGCUGCGCUACCAUACGUGCAAAAAACAGGACUUUACUCCAUCACCUUGCCUAACAAGUACAAUUUUUCCUUCGACUACCACACCUUCCUUAUCCUCAUCAUGAUCUCCUACAUUCCAUUAUUCCCACAGCUCUAUUUCCACAUGAUGCGCCAGAGGAAGAAAGUUCUAGGUCACGUGGAUGAGUACAGCAAAGUGGAAUAACUUGCCCAGACGUGCGCUUAUCAGACUGAUUGCACCAAUGGAGAAAGUGGAUAACCUUUAAAAGCCACACUUUACUGAUUAAAAAAAAGAAGAAAAAGCCUUCUUGUUGAUAAACAGGACAGAUAUUAAGAUGAUUGCUAACGUUAAUACUUUGGUAACAAGAAUACUGUUGCUUUUGGUGAUUUUAGGGCUCGUGUAACUACAUUAAAUGCUUGUUCUUACUUUAGAGGAGAAUUGCAUUACCAAACUAAUACAUACAAGUUACUGUGUGAAGAUUUUGUUCUAAAAUAGGUUAACUGACCAAAUGUAGUAGCAGACUUUGACAUUCAGAGAAAAUCGCAAGACGUGAGAUAUGUCUGUGGUGUUUUCAAACAGGAGGAAUAUCCCAUCAUUCUGUGUACUGUGCUCUGCAUUAUAUUUCAGGCAUUUUAAUCUAAUGACUUAAGUAUUUGCAUCUCACACACCUCAUUUAUUUUGUUUUAUAUUUGAGUAUGUGAAUGAUGUUUUGCAUUUAACACUUUUAGUAACUUCAAAAACACAUGUUGGUUAAUUCCUACUGUACUGUACGAUUAUUAGUAUUUUAUUUGUUUGUUUUGUGGUGUGUUUUUUAAAUGACCAUUUAGGAUCAAAAGCAAUUCCUCAAACCAUUGUUGAUUGUUUAUUUUGUUCUGUGUUAGAUAAAUAUCGGUUUCGGUUGGUUUGUGACUAUUUGCCCAGAAAAGGUGUUAAUCUCACAGAAAUUGUUUCGGACCUCAGUCAACGCUGCUAAUGUAUUAGAUGUGUAUUGUUGUCAUUGAGCUGACUCAUUCAGAGCUUUACUGUGGAAGUGUUCGGCUGGGUGAAGGCUACAGGAGUACAGCCCAAGUGAAAGUGAGCACUAGCCUCGGCUCUGGGGCUAAUUGGAUUUGAAUGCCUCUAGUCAUGCUUUCCCAAUGAGUCAAAUCUAAUAAUAUGUAGAAAAGGCUCAGAGUCAAGACUAACUUAACACUUUAUUGUCUGUCUACGAAAUCAUCAGAGCAAUCCAACUUCUCAGCCUCCCCUAAAACCUUUGCUAAGUUUGAGUGUAUUUGCAAACAAAGUGGUCUGUUUUCCAUAUCAAGCCUCUUCCAGAAAAGAUUAGCAUGGGAUGAGAUGCAUGUAGGCUGGAAUACAACUUUGAAUAAUGCAUGUAAAAGUGGUGUGGCAAUACCUCGAUUAACAGAAGCAUGACCCUUCAGUAAAAAUGCUGAUUUUGAUAUUAAAGUUUUGCAUGGGACCAGCAAACUUUGUACAGAUAGUAAUAGAAUGAUAUAUAUUUACAAUAAACCAUAACAUGGGAAGCGAAA